AUGGAAAAUGAAUUUAUUUCAAUGAUAAUAACAGUAAGCAAUCAAUACGAACUAUUAGUUUCUUUUUUAGAAUCUUUAUUAAGUCUACCCGAAUCAAAGCAAUUGUAUGUUACCACUCCCAACAAACAAAGUAUUCUAACUCUUGAAAACGAUAUGAAUAUUAUCUUUAAUUUACCAUUCAAUUACACUAAAGAAGUGCAUUUAUCUUGGUCCGCAGAUACUUUAUUGAACAACUCGAACAUUCCGCUCUCUCGUUGUUUAUUCCUUCGAAUCGUUUCAUUACCUCAAUUCGUCGAAAUGCUCUCCGCGUUGUUCCUCCAACGAAAAGUCUUCAUCAAGAGUGCAAAUCGCUGUUUAGUCAGUGGCGCACUUUCAUUCUUAACUGAGUGUAUGAGUCCAUUCGAAUACACUUCCCCUGUUAUUAGUGUGUUGUCAGAGUCAAUUUAUGAUUUAAUGGAUUCCCCAACUCCACUCUUGAUAGGUUGUUAUGAUCUUCCACCAGAAAUCCCAAGAGAUUCUUGUCUCUAUGAUUUAGACACUCAAUUCUCCCAGUUAUUUACAGACAAGAUCACUUUACUACCAAACAGUGAUUUAAUACUCGAAUCCCUCGCUCUGCUUAGACCCCUCUUGAAGUCUCCAAAACACAGCACAUUAGAGUGUAUGAAAAUUCACACAGAUAUCAUAAAAAGUUCUUUAAAUGUAAUUCACUCACAACUCUCACAACUGGUCGCCAACUUCGACGACUUCAUCGAAACUCGACAUCUCGAUAAGUAUGGUAAAGUUUCUUUAUUUGACUCCAAUUCAUUCGUUGAAACAUGUGACGAAGAUGCCAAACCCUUCAUGAAAGAGUUUACCCAGACUCUAAUAUUCAAUUCCUUCAUCGAUAAUUACAUCGACAAUAUCGAUGGUUUCCACUGA